UAAUGGUUGGUUACAAGCCGGAUGAACAGACUCCAGCCAACCAGAAACUGAUAGCUGGUGCACUAUCUGGUGUCGUGACACGCUUCGUUACCCAGCCUCUGGACGUUCUGAAGAUAAAAUCGCAGCUGCAGAACAAGAGGAACAAGUCACUUACGCUAUUUGGAAUUUCCAAGUCGAUUUAUUUAGAAGAGGGCAUCACCGCCUUCUGGCACGGUCAUAAUGUUGGGCAGGUAUACUCUAUCAUAUCGACAUCCAGUCAGUUUUACGUGUACGAAGUGUCUACGAGAUAUGCCUUCAAAUUCUUCGAUUACAAAUAUAAUAAAUUUCUCGGCGAGUUCCUAUGUGGGAUUUGGUCUGGGUGCUGUGUCGCCACUUUCGUGACACCGUUGGACGUUAUCCGCGUCCGUCAGAUCCUUAUCAAAGAGCAGUACAGGGGGUUCUACAAUGGCGCCAAAGCGGUCUACAGAUCGGGAGGCUUGCUGGCUUUCUACGAAGGCUGGUUUACUGGAAUUUUAAUGACAGGCCCUCAAAUGGGCAUAACGUUUGCGCUGUUCAGCCACGUACAGCCUAUCCUGUUGAGGAACUUCUGCAGGUGGAAGUCUGGCGCCUGUCGGCACGAGUCAGAAGCCCAUAAUGGUCAACACCUGGUCGUUGCUACGUUCGUUGCAGCAGGCGCGGCGGGUCUGGUGUCCAAAAUCGUCACGUAUCCUUUGGACCUGGCGAGGAGAAGGCUGCAAAUCGCGACUCACAAAGCCAACGACCAAUACUUCACUCCAACCUCAUCAAAACGUGUCGUCCAAUGUAAGAAGCUGCUAGGAUGUAUCGUCGAAUGCUACAGGUCAAAUGGUAUUAAGGGACUGUACCAAGGUCUAAGCGUCACUCUCUUAAAAGCCCAAGUGACCACGGUGUUUACUUUUACCACGUAUGAACUGGUAUGUUACCUUAUGACAGACUUUGGGAAAAAUGCGUGACAUAGGUACUUAAAUUCAGGUGUAACUUUUGAAAUUCUAAAAACAUUGAGUAUAGGUUCCCGAACUACGAGAACUCUACAUUUUGCUGCUGUCUAUCCUCCUACUAUUUUUGUAACUUUUAUC